GCAGCCAGCCUGUUAGCAGAGCGCGGCUGGAUUGUGCCGAAGAUGAUAUCACCUUUUAAGGUACUUGAGGAUGUACCUACCUAUGCGUAGGUACCUAGGUACCUCCUACACCAAGACGAACCCCCCCCAAUCAAUUGCUUCCUGAAAUCUGGCAGUCUGGACUGGCCCAUAAAAAAGGUACUUUGUACAUCCGCAAUUGAUGCGCUUCCUGUCUCUGUACCUCGCGAGUGGUGGGAGCUCAGGUCUGAAUCGCCUCUGACUGCCUGUUGAGACUACCAAACUUCAGGACAACAACCCGGCCAGGCUUGGUAAACGAGGACAGCCUCUAUCUCGGACCAGAAGCUGAUAUCGCCAUCGUUUCCCUCGUACCCUCGUCGUACCCUCUUCCCUACUACCCUUCCACUUAUUUUCACUAUGGCGCAAGUAAUAUCAAAUUCUGGCCAUGAUGAGAUGAUCCAUGACGCUGUCCUCGACUACUACGGUCGACGGCUCGCAACCUGUUCCUCCGACAAGACGAUCAAGAUAUUCGAGAUUGAGGGCGAGUCUCACCGAUUGACGGAGACGCUCAAAGGACACGAGGGCGCGGUAUGGUGUGUUUCGUGGGCGCACCCCAAGUAUGGCAACAUCCUCGCCUCGGCUGGCUACGAUGGCAAGGUCUUCAUCUGGCGCGAGCAGUCGAACCAAUGGCAAAGGAUCUUCGACUUUGCCCUCCACAAAGCCUCGGUGAAUAUGGUAUCGUGGUCGCCGCACGAAUCCGGCUGCCUUCUCGCUUGCGCCUCGUCCGAUGGCAACGUCUCCGUCCUCGAGUUCAAGGACAACAACUUUUCCAACGUGUCCUUCCCCGCGCACGGCCUCGGCGUCAACUCGGUUUCCUGGGCGCCUUCGACGACGCCCGGCAGCAUCGUCUCCUCGGCACCGGCUGGCCAAGGUGCUCUCAGCCAGCGCCGCUUCGUCACCGGCGGUUGCGACAACGUACUGAAGCUGUGGGCCUACGACCCGGCUACCCAGGGUUACAAGCAAGAGAGGGAGCCGUUAGCGGGGCAUACUGACUGGGUACGAGACGUGGCGUGGAGCCCGACGGUGCUCCAGAAGAGCUAUAUCGCGUCGGCAUCGCAGGAUAAGACGGUGCGGAUCUGGACGAGCGAUAACUCGAGCCAGGGCCAGUGGGCCUGCAAGGUUUUGAACUUCGAGGCAGAGGUCUGGCGGGUCAGCUGGAGUCUUAGCGGGAACGUGUUGGCCGCCAGCGGCGGCGACAACAAGGUGUCGUUGUGGAAGGAGAACCUGCGGGGCGAGUGGGAAUGCGUCAAGACGAUGGAGGAAUGAAGGGCUUCCUCGUACCAGGAUGAAAUAACGAGUUGCACAGGAUCGCACCGGCGCAGCCCGGCGUUUAGACGUAGACGAAGAGGGGAAUCAUGUUCGGUAGAAUUCUGGGUCCGCGAAGACGGGGCAAGUCUGCAUCCCGGAGCCCUGAGACCCGUGGAAGAGAUGUGAUAUCCUGCGGCGGUAGUCGAGAUAGAACUACCUCUUAGGUUACCUCGGAAUGAGAUGGGACGUUUAUCUUGACUUGGGCCAAGAGAGGUUUCAGCAAGGUCCCUUCUUUACGCCGAAGUUAGCCUCACGUAGCAGCAUCCCGACUCAUCGUCUCAUCGUUGGAUGCACGAGAGCAAGGGUAGUCCCUUACAGCCGCUCUCUGAUAUCGUUGCCAUCGUGCACUAGUAAACAACAACGAGGUUCUAGUCUGACGUCGCGUCCAAACUGGAGACUAUAUCUACAUACCUAGGUACUGCGUAUAGAUAUGUUUAACCAGGACGUCUUCCUCUCCGCGGUCCUAGUAGUACCCACAUAGGUACAUCAAGAUCUGAAUACGUGCGUAUAAAUCCUCUCCAACAGAGGUAGAUACUCGCUAUGGUCGCCUGAAAUUACGACAACGUCUGAGUGUGAUGCUACUAUACACAUACACCCUCGUUUUAUACCAAGGGAGAUGCUGCAUUCCCGACCAACACCCAACACAUAUGAAUAGGACC